CUGUUGUUAUGUCGUUUGAGUUAUAUAUAUCGUAGUGAGCUAGCUGCUAGUCUAAUGCGAACUAGGAUUUUACGUAAUGUUAACCUUUAUCCAUUAUGCUUGGUAGCUAGCAUUAGCUCCCAUGGUCGCUAACUUCUCUAGUUAGUGUUCAGUUUGCAAUCAGUAAAUACGCAUUACCGAUAAUAAACUAACAAAGUGUUUAUCUUAUGUGUACAUUAGCUAACGUAACGGUAAAAUAAAGGCACUGUUCUACAGUACAGAGAUAACGUUCAUUUGUAAUCUCUGUCUGAAAGUGGUGACUUAGCUAACAGUUAAUGUUACCUGCUAAGUUGUGUUAAGUAAAGAGUCCGUCGUUAAUAUUAACGCUAAUGUCAACCUUAGUUCUCAUGUGGACCCUUGCUUAGCGGGACCUUUUCUGGACAUGGUAAAUUAAUAUAAAAAUAAUUGUAACUUUGUUGGCACGCUGACUUCAACCCUUUUAGGUAAGGUAGCUAGCAGCUAGCCGGUGAGCAACCAACGUUGUUGAGAGGCCUGCUAACGCUAGUUAAGCUGCUAUUCCCGUAAACGUUUCGAAACAUCCCUGUGUUCCUGGCUGGCUAGCUAACGUUACCGAUAUUUAUAGAUGUGCCUGCAUUAGGUAACCGCAGUAAUUGACACAAAGAUAGCUAAUGCUGACCAACCUUUUGUUGCAGUAGCAACGAGUGAAGAUGAACAGCGCAUUCUCCAAGUAAUUCUGGUAAAAGAAACAGUCUUAUUGCUUCUCUGUCCUGUGAAUUUAUUGUAGCUAGUUGGUUACCCGCCACAGUGGCAUCACGCACAUUUGUGUUAAGGUCGAUAACGUAACGUUAAAUUAUGUGCUGUAAUAGUUGUUGCCAUUUUAUGGUUCACUACUUUAAGAUGUAUAACGUUAGAUCCACAUUGUCUAAUUCUACUUCUUUGUCACCCAGUGUAUUCAUUAGGUUCCUCGUGUCUAUAUUUUCCAUGUCAUGGAAUGGUUCUUUUACUUGGCUUCAUGAAAAUAUUACCACGGAUGACCAUGAUGGAACAUCCCCGUACUUGAAUCAGAAACUGUAUUUCGAUUCUGUAACCUAGUCUAGUCAUAGUUUACUUCUACUGUUUUCCCACACUAUAUAGCACAGUGCUGAUGGUUGAUGGUAACUGGUCAAAUACAUCAGUCCUCUUUGAGUCAAAAUCUUUGAUUGACUGAUCGUUCCUUAGGCCACGUAUGGUGUCUGGAAACUUAAAGCAUUGCGAAAUUCUGGAUAUCUGCACUUUAAUUUUGGUGUCCAGAUCCUUAAUGUCCAGUUCACCCCAAAGAUUCUAGCAUGGAUCUGUGUGUGUAUGUCGGGGAGUGUGUUUCUGUUCUCUCUAUAUCUAGGUAAAGAAGCUUCAUUUCUGAAGAUUUUUUUGGAUAUGGAAUAUUUCUUUUUUUCUUUUUUUUUUCCUUUUUUGAAGAAAGGAAUGAGAUUUCUGGAAGAAUCCCAUUUUCUGCCCCCCUAUAUUUUUUACCUUUCAUCUGUUGCCUCUUAUUUAUCUGCCCGAAAAGUCUACCCUCCACCCCUUCCCUGUCAAUCAACACUUUUUUUCUUCAAACACCCAGUUGUCAGAAGAUUCAAGACCUCCACCCCACCCCCAUAGUAUUAUACAUUUUUGAUGCCCCCCCUUGCUUUUCUCUUCCUCGGAGAAGCAUCCACCCCGAGGAUUAUUUUGAAAAUAUCCACCAUCAUCCCUCUCAACCCUAUAUUGUCUUCAUUUUGUCACUAUUAAUAAAAAAGAAAAAAAAAGACUCUGGCACCAUGGAUCGAUAAUAGUUGAUCAGGCUAACGGGAGCAGUAGGAUCUGUCUCGACCUGCUUGCACUCUUUACUCAUGGAUCAAGUGUUCCUUCAGGAUUUCUGCCUCGCCUCGGACCACAGCACUUGCGAGAAGAACAGGGGAGUUCUUCUCAGCCACUCCAGGGAGAGCUUAGACCCUGAAGGAGACAACCAGUGAGAGGUUCCAGAGUUACCUGUCCCAGCAUGACCAACCACGGUGAUGACUGCUACUUCUUCUACUACUCGACGUGCUCCAAGGGCGACAGCUGCCCGUUCAGGCACUGUGAAGCGGCCAUGGGCAGCGAGGUGGUGUGCAGCCUCUGGCAAGAGAGCCGCUGCUUCCGCAAGGUGUGCAAGUUCCGCCACAUGGAGAUCAAGAAAAACAGGACUGUGAUCCCGUGCUACUGGGAAAAUCAGCCCUCGGGAUGCCAGAAGCCCCACUGCGCAUUUCACCAUGAGAGAUCCCGCUUCAUAGAUGGAGUCUUUGUUCCUGCUAAUAUAGCCCCAGCUGCGAAGAUGGAUGGAGAAGAGGAGCCUGCCCAGCAGGAGCCAGCCCCCCCAGCCCCCAGUCCCGCCAACCCCCAGCUCCGUGGCGUCAUCAAGGCCGACACGCAGGAGAAUGUGCCCAGUCCCACUCAUCCACCGGUGGUCAUUAACCCUGUGGAUGACGAAGACGAGGAUGAGGAUGAUCAGUUCUCGGAAGAAGGAGACGACAGGUCCAAAAUGUCCUCCCCAAGGAAGCUGAUAAUGGGCCCCAAAGACGACUCCCUGAACUUCAAUGUGCGGACGCUGGAGGAGAUCCGGCUGCGCAAAGCCCUGAAGGCCAGUCUAAAGAAAGCAGAGGAGGCAGGGUUCACAGUACCAGGCCAGCACAACAACGGCAGCACUGGCGAGAAGGAGAACAUGUGUUCCACCCGCCGCCCAGCACUUUUCACCGCCAAGAACCGUCCUGAAGAACCAGGAAGGUUGAGAAUUGCGGAUCGACUCGAGAAAAGAACACUUAAUGAUGGUACGCCAGUGGAGGGGGAGCUACCUCUGAAGCGCAGCCUGGCUCAGCGUCUGGGUGGGAAGAUGGACAGCUCGGAGGAGGAAUCAGACCAGUCUUCUCAGCGGGGCGCACGUUUGAUGCGGGAAAGGCUGAGUCUACCUGCAGAGUCCAGCGGCCCUCCCAGCCCUGCGGCCCCUAACCAACCAGGCCCACCUGGAGGAGAGAUUCGCAUCAAGACACUGGAGGAGAUCCGGCAGGAGAAGGCCGCCAAGUCCCAGGCGCAGGCGUCCGGCGACUCCUCCAGCGAUCCAGUAGCCAAGAAGGUCACCAACACCACCGAGACCCUCCUCGCCAAGAAGCAGGCGCUGCAGAAGAGGAAAGCGCGCGAGAUGACCCACACUGUGAACGCCCAGCAGGCUAAAGAGGCCCCAGAGGCCCCAGAGGCCGCCCUUGUUGACAAACCCCCAGCCCCCACCCAGCCGAGUGGAGGAGUGCGGGUGAAGACCCUGGAGGAGAUCCGGCGCGAGAAGGCGGCCAGACUGGGAGUCCAGGCCCAGAGUCCACCUGCCCAGGAUCAGAGCUCCUCGUCAGGGUCUGAGGACGGAGUCGCCCCUAACAAGAGGCGACUCCUGCAUGUCAAUAAAACACUUUCACCUGCGUCAUCUGAUGUCAAAGCGCAGAAACCUGCAGAGCUACCUGAGAAGUCCAAAGAUGAUGGCGAGGCGGUGGCCAAUGGGAAAUCCUCGGCUCCCGCUGUUGAGAAGGCGCGUCCGGACUCCGGCUCGGCUGCGGUGAAGGUGAAGACGUUUGAGGAGAUCAUGCGAGAGAAGCAGCUGCGCAGGCAGCAACAGGAGCAGGAGGUCGGCCAGUCACCCCAGGGUCCCGCCACGGCACCAGCUGCUCAGAAGCUGCCUGUUACGGUCACCACCACCAUCACUGCCCCCUCCUCCACCUCCACCUCAACCCCAACACCCAGCCAGCCUGCCCCUGUGCCUGCCCGCCAGCGCAUCACUGUCAAGCCCAAGGUGGCGCCUCCAAAACCUGUUGUUGCACCAGCCAUCACCGCAGUGCGCACCACCGAGCCCCCUGCAACUGCAAGCGCAAGUCCCAAGCACUUGCCUGUGCGGUUGUCGAAAAGACUGACAGUUGCUGCUCCAGUCCCCAGCCCUGCCCCCUUGCCUGUCCAGCAGACCCCAGUCUCAGCCGCGGCUCAACCAGAGCCUGCAGUAAGUUUGGCGAAAAAGCCGAAGAUUGCUGCUGCAGCUCCUGCUCCGGCCCCUGCUCCGACCCCGACCCCGACCCCCCUUUCUUUGCCUGUUCAGCAGAACCCUGUCUCGAGCACGGUGCAACCAGACCCCCCAGUGAGUCUGGCAAAAAGGCAGAAGAUUGCUGCUGCAGCUGCUGCCCCAGCUCCUGCCUCCUCUACUGUCCAGCAGAGCCCUGUCUCCGGCACAGUGCAGCAGGACAGUCCAUUGAAUUUGGCGAAAAAGCCAAAGACCACUCCAUCUGCAGCGCCUGCCCCAGCCCCUGCCCCUGUCCCCUUGGCUGUCCAACAGACCCCUGUCUCAGGCAUGGCACAACCAGACACUACCCGGGAGACCAGCCCCCUUAAGAAGUCCCCUGAGAAUAAAGUCAAGCCCAAGGUGAACGUGAAGCCGGUGGUGAAGUCCGUGAAGCCGUCUGCGCACGUGCGACCAGGCCAGAAGAGGAAGGCGGCGGCUGGCCAGAGCUCGGCCGUAGCCGCGGUGAAACCCCUGAGUGCAGCUUCCACCGCUGCCGACGAAGCUCCCGAGCUGCAGGAGCCGCCCUGCAAGCGCUCCGAGAUGUCCACUCCGGGUCCCCUCCAGGCCCCCGCCAUCAGCAGCUCUGCCCUGGAGCGUAACACGCAGCUCAAUGACGAGCCCCAGACCGUUCCUGUGUUUAAGCAGAGCCCGACCGCAGAGGCGAACAACAGCUUGGCGGAGAACCUCAUGACUGUCCCUCAGAGUCCCUCUGUGCUGAAGACCCCCAGCCAGACGAGGGCGCGCAAGGGAAGCACCACCACCCCCACCCCCCGUGCCACCCUCACCUCUGCUGCAUCCAGCACCUCCGCUGUGGAUGACUUUGAGGAGCUGAUCAAUGAGUUUGAGAUGGACGACGAAGUCGAUCUGGAGCCUGACAAGGGAGAGGACGACCUACUGCUGGAACUGUCCGAGAUGAUUGGCAGCUGAAGGGAAAACCAGACGAGCCCCUCCCACACCCACGUCUUACUCACUGUUACUGCCAUCAAUAAUGGAAAAAAAAAAACGAAAAAAAACAACACCAUCAUUUCUUUUAGUCGUUUUCUUUUAAAAACUGAACUCUGUUGCAUUUGUUUGGGGGCAUUGCAAUGUAAUUAUUGUUUUAACAUGUUUGGUGUUUUUAAUUAUCCUUUUAAGAGUUGUUUUCUGUUUUUAUUUUUCCAAUGCUUCUCUUUUCCUCAAAAUGUUUUGUUUUGCUCAUUUAUAAGCUGUUGUUGACUCGGCUUUGUUGAGGAAGCAAGCCCCUCUCCCCAGCUCUGAUUCCACCAAGCAAGUGGGAAAGAGGGAGACUGUUGGACUAGACUAGCCUCCCCAGGAGGAGGAGGAGGAGGAGAAUCAUGUUGGUUAUUCCGUAUACUGUGUAUGCAAACAUCGAGCAUCAAAGAGACAUGGAAUAGGGCUGGCUCAGCAAAGUGAAGUGAAACCACCCCGGAAACCUUUCAUUUGCUCUCUUGUGUUUCAAAUCAUGUACAAAGUUGUAUUUCUCUCCCCCCUUUUGCCUUUUACAUGCAGUUGCUCAUUGCUGUUUUAGUCUCUUAGCCCAAGAAAAUGUGACCAGCAAACCUUUAAUGUCUGACCCCUUUGAAGCUCUAAGCCAUAGAGUUCAUGUGGCAUGUCUGUCCAUGGUCCUUUUGUGUUCAUGGUCAAUCCCCUUCUUAAGACUGCUAUUUUUGUUUGUUUGGUUUGCUUUUAUCACUGGCAUCUGAUCUGUACUCUGCUCCUUGCUCUGAGGGACCAUGUUGUAUGUAUCGCUCUCAGUCACAAUUAUGGCUUGAAAACCGCCUCUCAGGGACUACACUUGAGCUGUCUGAUGUUUGCUGAACAGGUUACAAAUGCUUCUUUUCUCUGCAAACUUGUAUCCUGUGCUAUUUCUCCCAUUUAGUGUGCUGCCACAUAUUUGUUAAUUUCAGAUAUGAGUUACUGUGUUUGUUCACUUCUUUGGUUCACAUCUUCAAUCCUGUUGUCUUUGUAAAUAAAACAUCUUUUAUGAGAA